CAGAUGACCGGAUCGCCGAGGGUGUAGCAGGUACAGGAUGACCUCUCCAUACAGCGCACGCCUCCAGCUGGAUGAGAACUUGCAGAUUAUGCAGAACGGCUCCGUCCUGAGGAAAGUGAAGUCCCGGAACUGGAAGAAACCACGAUACUUUAAACUGCAGGAGGAUUGUAUGACUGUGUGGUACAAGUCCAAGAAGACGGGCAACACCAAGUCCACAUUUUCCAUCAGUGACAUCGAGAUGGUGCGGGAGGGACAUCAGUCGGAGGUCCUGCAGAGCAUUGCGGAGGAAUUCCAGCCGGAGCUUUGUUUCACCAUUGUCUUCUAUGGACGCCGGUGGAACCUGGACCUUGUUGCCAGUACAGCAGAGGAGGCGCAGUGCUGGAUCCAAGGGCUGGAGAAACUCAUAGAGGCCGUGCGGAGUAUGGACCAGAAGGAACUCCUCGACCAAUGGAUCUGUGAUUGGUUCCAGAAAGCCGACAAGAACCGAGAUGGGAGGAUGAACUUCAAAGAGGUCCAAGAUCUGCUGAAGAUGAUGAACGUGGACAUGAAUGAAGCGCACGCAUACCGCCUCUUCCUGGAGGAAGUUGAACUAGUAGAAGAGACUGAAGAAACUACAAGGAAAAAUUCUCUUUUUGCUCCAAAUCACGAGAUGGAAAAACCCAACUCCACCUCAGAUUUAUGA